AUGUAAAAAACGAUUUUAGCUUUGCUGAUUGUUAUGUGUACAGCACUCCAAGUGCAAGAGCUACAAUAGGCCAAUAAAUAAUUCGAUAAGCUAUCUUAAGACUCUCCUGUUGGAAAAUUCUUAAUGGAUUUGGCUUAAAUUCAUGCAGAAGUGCAAGGACCAUUGGAUGAUUUAAAAGAAACAAUUGAAAAAUUUUAUGAGAAUUUGCAAGAUAGUCUCUCUCAAUUGGAUGGCGAAUUUCAAUCCAAAUAAGCAAUUCAUUUGAAGUAGUUUAAAUAAAUCAAAUAGGGUUCUUUAAAAUUAUGAAUCUAAUUAAUAAGAUGCUUAAAUCGACAUUGCUUAAUCACAAGAUCAAUUAGACAAUGUAUUGUCAAGAAACAAGGAAAACAUUGAGAAGAGAUUGAAAUAGAUCCAAUAAAACAUCAAUGACAAUAGAUCAAAUAUUCAAAGAGACAAAUUAUAAAGAAAUCAGUAAAAGGAUUAGAAUGUUGAGCAUAUCCAUGAGCAUCAAUAAGCAACUACAUCAAUCGAUGAAGCAUUGUCUCUGGUGUAAGGUUUGAGCAGUGGAAACAUUGCCUUUGUUGAAGCCCCAAUGAAAAAGACUCUGGAUUAUAUUAAAUAGAAAGUGAACUCAAGAGAGGAGUAUGCUCCAUUGGUGGAUGCAUUGAUUAGUUUAUCUGGAACCUAAGAUACUAAAUAAAUCAAAGAAUUGUUGAAUAAAUUGAGAAAUUAGAUUGUGGAUUCAAUGAUUCAAUUGACAGGAGAUGAAAAUGAUGCUUAGAAAAUGUUUGAGGAUCGUUAAAAGUAAUUGGAUUCAGAAUUCUCAGUAAUUUGCAAUUUAAAUUCGAUAGGAAUUCUAAAAUCAAGUGAAUUAAGCAACCUACGAUUUGGCAUCUAUUUCAGCUAGAAUUGAUUAGGAGAAGGAAUUCACAAAGCAGAGACAAAGUGAUUUAGACAUGUACAAUAGCUAAAUUGGUAUUUAAUGAGUUAAUUUAAGAAAUGGAGAACAACAAUUUCGCUGCAAUUACUGGAUUAUACAAUGAGAUUAGAUCUGUGAGAUUGAAGGAGUUAAAGAUUGCUGAAGAUGCUAAAAAGUAUGGAAUUAAUUCAUUAUAUUAAGUUUCGCUUAUUCAUCACAAUUUAGAGAGUUGUUGCAAUCAAAAUUGAACAAAUGA